AUGCAGGACCCAUUCCUUCCCCGGUCGCGCUUGCAUGCCUACGCACAAAAUAGCUCGUGGGCGCGGGGCGUGACGGUGCGGACACGUACCGGCGGCGCUCCCGUCUAUCUACGCUCGCCGGUGCGUGGCACGGUCGUAUGGAGCGCGGCGUACACCUACGUACGCCCGCCGACCUCCGGUCCGCAGGCCACGCGCAACAAUGAGCUGGACUGGUGCGUCAUGGUCCGCGACGAGUGGGGCAUGGUCUACCAAGUCUUUGGCAUCGAGCGCGGCACGGCGCAAGUGCGUGCAGGCGACAGCGUGCAAGCCGGAUCAGUGCUUGGAACGGCGCACCGCACGCAGUUGAGCCUCAUGCCGUGGAGUCACGCACCGCCGGCCGAUCCGCCGAAGCGGUACGAAGAGCAAGGCUUUCUGCCGUACCCGUACCGCUUCCGCCGCCUCGAGGUGCGUGUCGGGCGCAUUCCGUGCGAUACACCCGGUGCGCCGUGCUUUGACCCCGAAAAGGCGUGGACGUACUACCACCCCCAGCUGGCGCUUGUGCCACGCGAGGCGCCAUCCCGUGCGCCGCCCUUUACCGAGCCGCGCCAGGUCUAUUUUGCGCCUGCGAGCCGCACGCCGCUCCUCACCCCCCCGCUUGCCUUUCCGCGGCACGCCGCGGCGCACCCAAUGCCGCUCUCUGGAGAAGUGGAGAUCUUUAGUCCCUUCCAGGCGUUUGAAGAGACGCUGGGCGACGUCGACGACGCCUACGACCCGAUUGCGCUCUAUGCGCUCGACUGGUCCGCGGCACCCCGCACCUCUCGUGCGUUGUGCACUGCCAAAGACGCAUACUGGCGGCGCGCGUUUGAGCACAGCCGCCUAGCGCCGAAUACGUCGCUGUGGGCGCACUAUGUGCCGACGCUCGUUGUUGCGAGUGCCGGCGGGAAUGCGCUGCGUGCGCAGCUCAAGAGCCAGUUUGACGAAAAAGAGCGCGGGCUCGUGUACUGUGCGACGCGCACGUCGCUCGGCCACCUGUCGCUGCAAGGUGCGUGGAACAUUACCGCCGAGCCGACGCGUGGCGAGCACCGUGUCGCGGUGCGUGCGCGCGACCUCUACGGCAACACGGCAUGCACCGAGACGAUUGUGCGUCUCGUCGACCCCACAACGCCGCAUCCGAACCCCUGGGUCCCCCGUGCGUGGCACACCUGGGUCCUGCAGACGACGCUCGUCGGCCUUCCUGCCGCCGCCGCGGCUCUGCUGACUGGUAUAGCGCGUGGAUUAUGGAUCCUCCUGUAA